AUGGAGACCCAGGAUGACAGUAUCGAUAUCCCACAGUUGCAACGCGUCGCGUUGGGACGAGAGCCUGCACCAUCCCAGUCGUUAAUACCCGGGUCCGAGCUUGCCAGGCAUAUUUCCCAGGAUAGCGUUGUCAUCCACAAGCAUUACUCUCAGAUCUCUAAUGGUCGUCAGUCAUCUACUGGCCAAGAGGUCUCUCGGAUAUCCCCGUCGAGUCAUCCCGAGUCGCCCUCUCAGGAAGAGAAUGCUCAAAGCUUGACAAACGCUGCUCGAUUAUCCAUUGAACAAAGAAGACAGGACCCUGCCGCUGGGUUGCAACUCUUUAAGAAGAUGAGCUCUGCAGACACGGUACCUUCCGACACCCAAGUCAUCUCGCAGUCGGUUUAUGACAACCUUAUAAGACAGAACCAGGAAGCUGCCGAUAUUGAGUCGGACAAUAAUCUUGCCGAUAAUGCAACUUUGAGGACGCUACACGAGGGCGAUAUUGGCCAUGUGGAUCUGCUGGCUGGGCUUGACGGGUCAAACACCGAUGUGACCAAUGGUGAUGAUAACGAGGAUCAGAGCAGUUGCAAGCUCGGCGAGUCAUCUCCCAUGCAGUAUCAGCCGAAUCUCUUUCCCGAGUCCCAGCGCUUUGUGUUGAAGACUCCGGCGACAGCAGUGAAAACAGGGAGUGUCGAUGACCUUGCUUCGGUGACCCCCACAGCGUCGAGGAACCCUCUUGCGACGGAGCUUGAAUCAAGCGGUGGUAUCAUGGCACUAAGCCAGGUGUUCAAAGCAACCCAAGCCCCUUCCUCUCCCCUUGUCCAUGGCCAACAAUUGGAUCCGAUGUCUGACCGACCUUCACCUAAUCUGCCUAUUCAAAAUCGUUCGCUUGCCACAGCUCUGUCCUCACCGUUAAAUAACGUUGCGGCAACCUUUCCCCGGGAUUCCUCAGAGCCAUAUCCCAAUUAUAUCACCAUGCAAGAAUCACAAGCGCUGAGGGAUAUAAUUUCACGGGAGAGAAUGACGCGCUCUGCAGACCAUAUAUACUCGGAAGAUCAAAGUGACUGCGAAUUUGACAAAGAACCCAGCUUUGUGGAGCGCAUAAGGCGACAGAGAAACAUCGAUGAGAAAACCAGGGGACAGUUGGCCAGUCUUUCAGCUCCCCCAAGACCAGCAAGCCGCAAGAACUCAGAUAAAAUGAGCAAGUCACCUAGCAGACAGCCGGACCAGCGAGACAGGGCAGAUGCAGUCAGAUCUGCUACGCCCACACUUGAGCACCAAGAAAACGUUGCUGCAGGCGCAAUCAGCGAAGAAGAGACGGAACAGGAGGAUGAGGUUUCCCAACGGAUGUGUCGGUCUCAAGACCCAAAUCCUUCGACCGAGGAGGAUAAAGAAAACCAUCAUGAUCCCUCUACAACCCCGCUGGCUGCCGCGACCAAUGCACAUGAUCGCUUGUCUCAGGCGCUUGCUCUUGAUGGAGUCCCACCCCCUAACCGCAGAAGGUCACUGCAAGACGCUGCAGAGUCCCAAUUACCUCCUCAUGGUGCUGACGACGAACAGCUGGAUGGUACCAGCAGGUCAUCCCAAGUUUAUAUAGUGAAGGACUCUCAACGGUCUCCAGGUCCCCAGGAUGAGGAAAAUCAUGAAAUGAAUAAUGCAAAUAUGUGGGACGAGAACCAGGCCCAGGCUUCCGGCUCACACAUUUGCACAAAGCAUUCUCCAGAGAAGCUUGUGUCUCCGGCGAAACAACUCCGUAUACAGUCAACUCCUCCCUCAGCAUCCCAAAGAAGUCGAGUCUCGUUUCAACUCGAUAAUGACCAUGUAGUGGCUCGAUCCAGGUCGAACUCGACCAGCUCACAUGGUUCCCACGAACAUCCACUGAGAAAAUCCAUUGUCCAGGAGACUAGUCUAAUGCAAUCUAGCAAUUCAACUGUGCAUAAAUCUAUAGAACUAGGCGACAAAGCGCCGGCGUCUGAUAUCAAGGAGAAGUCAUCUUCGAUGCCCUCUCGCGUGGCUGAAACACCUGUUCAACGUCCCAAGAGCUUUGGCGAUGUGAUGCCAGCGACAGCUAUUCCAGAAACGAGCCCGAAUCGAUUCUUUAAUCAAGGCUGGGCAGGUGACGCGAAUAAUGAAACAAUGGAUCAAGAGGACGACGACCUCCCUCCUCUUUACUCGUCCACACAUGAACGAGGAUAUCAUUCCCAACCAGUCAAUUCAAAUAGCUCGUCGCCAGUGAAGAGCUUCUAUAACUCCAAAAUCCUAUCUAGCCCAAGUGGAAGACAACGUAGGGCACUGACAGAGAUUGCAGCUGAUGCUUCGCCUCAAAUUGGGACCGGAAACUUCGAUGUUGAUAUUAACAUCUUAUCCACCGACGAUCGGGAGUUUAGAUCUGCUGUUGCACUGUCUCCAGUUCCACCAAGAAAGAGACGACGUGGAAAUGAUGGGCAAAAUGUCUUCGCCUCUGACCCAGUGCUUCCUAUUACACCCCGUACCGCCACUUAUUUUGCUCCCCCAAAGGAGAACGAAACAAUGCCGGCCCGGGACUUUCAGCCCGAACAAUCAGUGACUACGCCUAAGGGAGGGUUUGAGAAACGAUCACGACCUUCCAGGAGAGCGGGAACAGUAUGGGACGUUGAUGAUUCUCCCCACUAUCAUGUUUCCCGGAAGGAGCGUGCGCGGCUGUUCGGUCUUCCUCGUAUUCUCGAGCAGAAGGCCAAGGAAGCUCUUCAGUCUGAGGGGAGUACUAAUGCGCGGCUUGUCGCUGAUCAAAACUGUUCAGAAGCCACAUCACUCCCCACGGAACAACAUGUUGAAGUUUCUCGAGACAAGCCAUCAGAGGACCUUGUCGAAAACAACACCGCUAGAGAGGACUCGGUCAUUGAUGGCAAUACCGAAAUCGCACUAAAUCAGGUUCUUGCAGCCUGGAGCGGGACAAAACGUGCAUUUUAUCCUGCAACCUGUUUUGGAAGACCUCUGGGGACUCCGCAGUCCCGUUAUUUAGUCAAAUUCGAAGACAGUGCUCCCGUUGAAGUUCCCAUUGGAGCUGUCAAACGGCUCGAGCUACGGGUCGGAGAUGCUGUGAAGGUCGAUAUGCCCAAUGUGCCAAAGGUGACUCACAUUAUCCGAGGGUUUGAGGGUAAAUUGAGCAUAGAAGAUCUUGAAAACGAGGCAUCCAAUGGCAUUAUCCGUAUGACAGAUGUAUACGGCUUUUCAACUGUCGUUUUAGGACAAAAGCAGCGCAAAAGCCUUACACGUGAAGGGCUUGCAGUUCCUGAGAAUAAUGUCAAAGUUCCAAUCUCCCGCAUAUACCUAGAUACUAUCCUCUGGAACCAACUCAAAGAUCGAACAUAUAGCUACAGCUCUGUACAUACACAGUCAGAGAGUAGACUUCAAACCCCGUCCGAUCGACACACCACGCCUGCUUCACCCAGCACUCGGUUAUCCCGCAGUAUCCGUUAUUCAAACGGUAUAUUUGCUGGAAUGGUGUUUGCCGUGUCUUAUGGGGAGAAUGAUGAAUCAAAGACUCGGAUUACGCGGAUGAUAUUGGAUAAUGAUGGACGCAUUCUCCAUGAUGGCUUCAAUGAGCUGUUUGAUCUACCUUCAAGCCGUCCAGCUGUUACGCCAUCGAAAUCACCAACUCCAGCCACGAGCAACAACCAGUUCCGUCUUACAGGCGGCGCCGAAGAUGUGGGCUUUGCCUGCUUGAUAGCUGACAAGCAUUCUCGCCGGCCAAAGUACAUGCAGGCACUAGCUCUCAACCUUCCUUGCCUCUCGGACCGCUGGAUAGAGGACUGCAUAGCUCAACGCCAGGUUAUAGAUUGGGAGAUGUAUUUGCUUCCCGCGGGGGAAUCAUCUUAUCUCCACGGAGCGACGAAAUCAAGAUUAUUGCAUCCUUAUCCUGCUAUGCAAGCACGACUACCUGAAACCAUUGCUGCGCGGCCUAAUCUAUUGCAUGGGCAAUCGGUCCUAGUCGUGAUGGGCCGCGGGAAAGCUGAUGAAGAGCGAAGAAAAGCGUAUCUCUUUUUGACAUAUGCAUUAGGUGCUUCCAAAGUCGAACGUGUACCUGAUAUCAAGUCAGCUCGGGCGGUCCUUGACCAGGGUGCAACUGGAACUGGAUGUGAAUGGGAUUGGAUCUACGUGGAUAAUGAUGAAAAAGCCUCCGCCAUAGCCACAAUCCUUGGAGCCUCUACCCCUGGCAGCCCAAAGGCUUAUCCCGCCCAGAGGUCAAGAAAGCGAAAAAGAAAUGAAUUAACCGAGUCAAUAAGUGGCAGUGAUCUCGGUCUGAACACCAAUGUCAGGAUUGUGGGUAACGAAUUUGUCUGUCAAAGCUUGAUCCUGGGGAGGUUGAUUGAUUAA